CAACCGUCCACACCCCAUCGAAACUUGAGAGUCCAAAAUUCCUAAAAACAAUUGAGAAGAUACAACUGGCCCCAACAUGCUAGAUCCAUUCUACCCACCUCCGCCUAUUCUGGUCAGGGCUAUCCAACCCAUAGCGGACCUAUUAAGCUUGUCGACCCUUCCGCUUCACAUUCAUGAAGUUGUAAUUGGAUGGAUUUGCUAUCAUCUCAUUUACACAACUAUAUCACCUAUCAUCUCAACCUGGCUCUUCCCAGCAAUCUAUCCUCACCUCUCAGCGCGAACAACAAUAAGCUGGAAUGUACACGUCACGUCCUUUAUACAAUCCUCGCUCAUAACGAUAUUCGCCCUGUUCGUAAUAUGGAGUGACGAGGAGAGAAGUGAGAUGGAUUGGGCAGGGAGGAUAUGGGGAUAUACUGGAGCUGGAGGAGUAGUUCAAGGGUUUGCCGCAGGGUAUUUCUUGUGGGAUUUAGUAGCCAGCACAAUGCACCUCAACGUGCUUGGUUGGGGCUCUUUAGCACAUGCCGUCAGUGCAUUGCUUGUUACUAGCCUAGGAUUUCGUCCAUUCGCAAACUAUUAUGGCCUCAACUUCAUCCUCUACGAGAUCUCUACCCCGUUCUUGAAUAUCCACUGGUUUUUCGAUAAGCUCAACUUGACCGGGUCUCGUGUGCAACUAUACAAUGGCAUAGCCCUUCUCACAACCUUCUUUGUAUGUCGAGUUCUAUGGGGGAAUUACCAAUCUAUCUGCAUCUAUUCGGAUGUGUGGACUGCCUUACACACACCAGGGUUCUAUCCUCAGAUUGUGAAGGACAAUUCUAUAUUUGCCUACCGAAAUAUUCCAGGUUCGAGAUCGAACUCUGAGUAUGGUUUUGGCAAAAUGGGCCUACCAAUGUGGCUCGUGUAUGCGUAUCUGGGAAGCAAUACGAUAUUGAACUUUUUGAACAUAUACUGGUUUGCGAAGAUGAUUCAAGCUCUCAGGAAGCGAUUUCAGCAUUCAAAUUUAAGCAUUAAGAAGGAGAGGAAUUCUGAGGUAGACAUCGGGCAACAUGUAGAUUAAUUGAGAGAAAACUGUGGGUGGGUGAUAAAGGAAGGCUUCAGGAGACGUUUGAAGAAGAGACUUUGCUCGUUGCAAUGAAUCCGAUCUCAAUACCGAUUCGGUGUUCAAGUUUGCGUGCUCGAUUGAUCAUAUUCAAAAUAUAAAUUUACUG